AAUGCUUUUCCAUUUUAGGAUAAGGGACAGCCCAAGGGAAGCCAGGAAGAAUACGUGGAUGUCCGGAGAGUCUCAGAUUCUUGGCCCUUUCUAGUGAUUGAAACAAAUGAAUACCCAUCGCCAUGACUAGAAUGAAGGUAUUUUCUUCUCCAUGGAUUUGUUAAAAUCCCCAUCUUCUUGUGAAUAGCUCCUGCUAUUUGCCAUGCCAUGGCAGCAGAGCCUUCAUUUGUAAGAGUUCCGGCUGGGUCAUCGCGAGCUUGCCCAAGAAAGUAUCACAAGAACACAUCGGCUCAGCGUCUGGGCUUCGCUGUCCGAGCUUCUCAUUCCACUGAUGACAAGGACAGGGUGUAUAAGCAACUGGGUUUGUUUUCAUUAAAAAAGAAGAUUGAAGACGCAAUUCUCCGUGCUGAGACAUUGGCACCAACAGCACUUGACCUUGAAGAAGAAAGAUGGAUCAAGCAAGAAGCAAUGUUACGUGACUAUAACUUGUGGGAUGAUCCUGUCAAAUCAAACGAGGUUCUGGUGAAGUUGGCUGGUAUUACCAAAGCAGUUGAUUCUCUCAAAGAUCUAAAGUAUAAGGUUGAAGAGGCAAAAUUGAUAACUCAAUUGGCAGAGAUGGAUGCUAUUGACUAUGGACUUUUUAAGCAAGCAUACACUGUGUCGCUGGAUGUAAGCAAGUGCUUGCAUCAGUAUGAAAUGUCUAAGCUUCUUACAGAGCCAUAUGACAUGGAGGGAGCAUGCAUGUUCAUCAAAGCUGGAUAUGGAAGCACAUAUUCUGAGAUUUGGGCAGAACAACUUCUGAGCAUGUAUACCAAAUGGGCCGAAAAACAAGGCUAUGGAGGAAGGCUGGUCGAGAAACGUCUUUCCAUCAGUGGUGGCAUCAGUUCAGCAAUAAUUGAGUUUGAGUUUGAGUAUGCUUAUGGAUAUCUAAUGGGAGAGAAAGGCGUCCACCAAAUGAUAAGAAGUUCUCUAGAUGGAUCACAUCAUGAGGGAAGCUCUGCAACAGCAAGUGUGAAUGUUGUUCCUUUGUUCCUUGGAACAUCUCCUGAAGUACAAAUCAAUGAUGAUGACUUGAUUAUCUCGUUUCCAUCAUUUGGAGACAAACAGAGCCUUACCGAGCCAAUGGUUUGCAUUCAACAUAUUCCUACUGGAAUAACUGUUGAAUCUUCAGGUGAAAGGAGCUGCUUCACAAACAAGAUCAAAGCCAUUAAUCGACUAAAAGCAAAGCUCCUAGUGAUUGCAGACGAGCAAGGAGUUCGUGACGUGGAGAGCAUCAGGAGAGAUGGUAUUGCUGAUCCAUGGCAAACGGAGGUGCGGAGAUACAUGUCUCAUCCUCACAAACUAGUACAUGAUCUGAAAACUGGUCUGCAACUCCCUCACUUAAACUCUGUUUUGAAUGGUAACAUUGAAGCUCUUAUUGGAGCUCAUAUCAGUACCAGACGAUCAUCCACUGAUAGUAUUUAAUUAAAAGCACAUGUUGAAUUAGUUGGCUUCAUAAAUUUCUAAUUACCACUUGUGCUUUGUGUUUUAUAAAAUAAAUAAGAAAAAUAGCUGGCUGCCAGCCACAUUCAGCCAUAGAAUAUUACUAUAACAAUGGAAUCAAGAUUUGGGCA